CAUAUGAUUUUUCAAAGUAGAAAUCUAAUCGGCAGAAUUAAACUCUUCAAGAUGAUAAAUGAACAGAUUCUUAAGACAUGUAUAAUAAAAUAAAUUAGACCUUGUCUCCUCUGAUAAGCUAUAAUAACUACUAAAAUUUGAAAAAUGACUCCUAAUCGUCAAGAUAAUUUUAUAUAUGGUGAUUUGGAAAAUAAUUUACGGCAAUAUGUGAAAAAUCAUAAAUUAAAAACAAGACCCAAUGCAAGCUGUGGUUUAUGGUUAUUUUUUGUGCUACCGUUAAGCAUAAUUUUAAGUACCUUUAAAUUAGUUCACGUUUCUUAUCAGUAUGGAUGUAUGACAUUAUUUUCUGGUCAAUUAAUGGUUGCAGGAUAUGCAUUUAUGCAAAGUAGUAAUCGGAGAAGUAUAUUCACUUAUAAAAAUUUUGUAUUGAUUUCUGGAGUUUUAUUGAUUUGCUCACUAAACAAUGCAGGAAUACCUUUUAAUAUAGUUUCUGGAUUAUUGGCAUUUUUAUUUUCUAAAGUAUAUACAUCUUUAAUGCAUAAUUUUCCAUCAUGUUUUUCUUGUGGCGAAGCAGCACUUUUUGCACAAGGCUUACUUAUGUUUUUACUUUCUUCGGGUAUAAAUAUCAUUCAUCAUUUUAAGCAUGUGCCUGUUACAGAUAGCGAAAUUUCUACGCUUAUCAUACAAAUUGGUUUACUUGGUAUAUUAUUGUUGUGUAUCUUGGUUGGAAAAAUCAAUUUUUUUAAAAGAGUUUAUCCAUUUUAUAUCGUAAGUGGAUUGGUUAUUGGUUUUGGAAUUCUACUUCCAAUGAUUUUAAUAUUACGUAAAGAUGCUGUACUUUGGAUCUAUAAUUAUAUAUUUAAUUCACAACGAAGGAUUUAUUUCAUUCUUUAUUGUGGGUUUUGUAUGAUAAUUGGAGCAAAAGCAUUAUUAUAUCAAAUUGAACAAAAGAAAAGAGCAAAUACAUCGAGACGGAAAGUUUUUCAUAUUUUAGCAGUUAUGGUAUAUUUACCUGCCUUAUUGUACGAAUGCACUUUUAUAUAUUUGGCAAGUGGUGUUAUUUUGGGUGUUUUCAUUUUUCUGGAGGUGAUAAGAAUAUUGGAUAUUCCACCAUUGGGACCAAUUUUACAUGAUGGUUUCUUAAUAUUUGUGGAUGAAAAGGAUAGUGCUGGUGGAAUCUCUUUAUCGCCGUUGUAUCUAUUGAUUGGAUUAUCAUUACCACUUUGGAUACAUCCAUUUGGUUGUGAUUUAACUGAUUCGGCGGGAUUUCAAUUAUUACCGUUCUGCAGUGGUUUGUUGACAAUUGGUGUGGGAGAUACAUUUGCUAGUAUAUUUGGAAUGUUACUUGGCAAACAUUCAUGGCCAGGGACUAAAAAAACAGUUGAAGGUACACUUGGCUCUAUUUUAGUACAAAUUUGUUGUUUGUAUGGAUUAUUCCAUUACGAUUUGAUCGUUGAACGAGAUAUUCCAAAAGCGAUUUUAGCAAUCGUUUUCACAUCGUUGGUUGAAGCUAAGACUGAUCAAGUAGAUAAUUUAGUUCUACCGUUACUUGCCUACAUAAUUUUAGUAUAACUUUUAUUUU